UGCCUUGAUAAUCAUCCAAGCUUCGAUUUGCUUGUUGUAUGUUGUUAUCAACCCAGAUCUGCUCAAUAAGGCCAUUUAAAGCUUCUCGCAUCUUCCCAGCUCUAGCUCUCGUGAUUGGACCUCCUGGAAUGUGUAAUGGAUCUCUUGAUGUGCAUUAUCUUUGGCCCAAAGAGUUUGUGAUACACACAGAUCAUGAAUCAUUGAAGCACUUGAAAGGUCAACAUAAAUUGAACAAGAGGCAUGCACGAUGGAUGGAGUUCAUCGAGAUGUUUCCAUAUGUCAUUUGGUAUAAGCAAGGUAAGGAGAAUGUGGUUGUGGAUGCACUUUCUCGCAGGUUUAAUCCAUUAACUCCAUUGGAUUUAUCUCCUUUAUUGAUGUCUGACCGUGCUAAUUUAGAUGGCAAAAGGAAAGCUGAUUUUGUGAGGCAGAUCCAUGAGAAGGCAAGACUUAACAUUGAGCAAAGAACAAAGCAAUAUGCAAAGCAAGCCAACAAGGGGCGUUCUAAGCUGGUCUUCGAACCUAGAGAUUGGGUUUGGUUGCACAUGAGGAAAGAAAGAUUCCCAGCCCAAAGGUGUUUCAAAUUGCUUCUAAGAGGAGAUGGUCUUUUCCAAGUCUUAGAGCGCAUCAUCAAUAAUGCUUACAAACUAGAUUUACCAGGUGAGUACAAUGUUAGUGCUACUUUCAAUGUUACUGAUUCGAGUCCUUUUGAUGCAGUAGACGAUUUGAGGACAAAUCCUUUUCAAGAGGAGGGAAUGAUGUAAAUCCAGGUUUGACUUGAAAGGAUGCAAUUCAAGUUCCCAUUGGACCAGUUACGAGGGCUUGAGCUAAAAAGUUCAAGAAAGCGCUUAAUGGGCU